AUGUCCGUUGCGAUUGGUAACGGAACGUGUUUUGCGAAGUGCUGCGCCGACGGACUUUGGUUAUUCGAUUGUUAUCUGCAGAGACGCCCGCGUCAGAACAAACGAUUGUGUUCGUUCGUCGACCCUGCCGCAAACGUCAGAAACGAUGUUCGUGAUGGAGAGGGCGAGAACCCGGCCGUCGGUGACGACCUCAUUUUAGUCAACAGUUCUCUGCCGUCGACCGCCCCAGUGUUGCAUGUGCACGCGAGCUCGCCGCGCUUACACGAGCAAAUGGGUUUCGACAGAAAACUCGACAACGGUUACACUUAG